UAAAUGUUCAGUUUUUGUUCUAAUGCAGGAGUACCAUGCAGAGUAAAGUCUCCAAUUGAUGGGCUAUCAGAAUAUGCAAAAGUGAACUACAAAAUGGGUUGUGAUUCAAUUGCCUGCAAAAACGAUACCUUCAUAUUUGGAGCCAUGGAUGCAGCCAGGAACUCUGAUGCAACUGUGAUUUUUGCUGGUAUUGAUUUGUCCAUUGAAGCAGAGAGCUUGGACAGAGUUGAUCUUCUUCUUCCUGGUUACCAAACUCAACUCAUCCAACAAGUUGCAACUGUCUCUAAGGGCCCAGUUAUUCUUGUCAUCUUGUCCGCCGGCGGCAUCGACAUCUCUUUCGCUAAGAAUAAUUCCAACAUCAAAGCCAUUAUCUGGGCAGGAUAUCCCGGCGAAGAAGGCGGCCGUGCCAUCGCCGAUGUCCUCUUCGGAAAAUUCAACCCAGGAGGAAGAUUACCAGUGACAUGGUAUGAAGCCGAUUACGUGAACAAGCUUCCGAUGACAUCAAUGCCGCUCCGGCCAGUGGAAAGCCUCGGAUAUCCAGGAAGAACCUACAAAUUCUACAACGGCCCCGUCGUCUAUCCAUUCGGCUAUGGCCUCAGCUACACUUCUUUCAUCUAUACCCUAACUUCCGCCAAACGGUCCAUCACCGUCGAUCUCAGCAACACGAUACAAUGCCGCGACAUUGCCUACAACGACGACGUCUUCAAGCCCGACUGCGCCGCCGCCCUGGUCGACGACUUGACUUGCUCUGAGGAGAUCGAAUUCCAAAUGGAAGUCGAGAACACCGGCGAAAAAGACGGCAGUCAGGUUGUGAUAGUGUACUCGAAGCCGCCGAGUGGUAUUUCUUCGACUCAUAUCAAGCAGGUGGUUGGGUUCCAGAGGGUGUUUCUGAACGCUGGGGAUAGUGAAACGGUAACGUUUAAGUUGAAUGCCUGUAAGAGCUUGGGGCUUGUUGAUUUCACUGGCUACGCUCUGCUGCCGGCCGGUGGCCACACCAUAGUCGUCGGAGAUGGAGAAGUUUCUUUCCCUGUGGAGGUUGGCUUUAAGAAGAAUUAGUGUUUUGUUAAUGUUAUUUGGUUUUUGGAAGUAGGGGUAGGUCAGAUUUUUGGUUAGGGAAGUAGAGAUGAAAAGAUGGUUUGUGAUCUGG